AAUUCUGAUUAGUCAAGACCCAAUGUGGUUUCUGAACACUAGAAGGUUAAUACUAAAAAAAAAAAAUUUAUCAUAUAUAAAAGGUCAGAGUUGAUACUUCUUCAUGUCAAAUUGCUAUUCCUCCUCCUCCGAUCUCUUCGAAUCUCACCCUGCAUUGCUCUUCGCUUUAGAUCUGCGUUACCCCGCGGGUAAUGUGGUGAGGUGAGCGUCUUCCGGCGACAAUGGACAAUAUCGCUCUCGGAGAAUAUCUCGACAUAACCCUGCGCAUCAUCUUUAAUACUCUCUUCUGUGUUUUCCCUUAAAAUGCUGUUUGAUUCGUCGAAUUAUGUGCAAUAAUUUCAGAAAAAUUAAUUUACCAAAUUUAGGUUCUUCAAAAGCUACAAAUUUUUAGUUUCAGCUUGUACCCAUCUACAGGCUGAAAUCAGCUGGCCUGAGAAGCAGUUUUAAGAAUACUGUGCUUCGCUUCCUGUAGAAAGUCUAAAAUGAUUUGCCAUAAAUUUUUUCUCUUUUUUAUUUGGAGCAGUGGCCUCAUUUGAAGGAACUGCUUCAGUGCUACACAAGUGACUGGGUGAAAGAUGAGAGCAAGUAUGGGCAUUAUGAAUGUGUCAGUCCUCCUCACUUUCACAAUCAAAUAUUUAAGGGGCAGGAUACUGAUAUCCAGACUGAAAUGAGCCUUGCAAAUGCAAAGGCGAACCAAGGGUGAAGAUGCUACUGAUGAUGACACCCCAAGUACCUCUGGACGGCAAUUUGCAGACUCUCAUGUUUCUCAGGUUUUGCUCUUUAACUUUUUUAUCUGGCUAAACCAUACCGAUCCAUCUGAAGUAGUAUAAUUGGGAAUAUCUCCAGAUUGAAACUCCAUAUCAUCCGGAAUCAACUGCCAAAACAAAAACCAUUAUCAAUAGAGAUGCAGAAUACACAUAUGGCAUAAUCAGUUAAUCACAUGUCAAGGACAUAAAGUACGAACAACUAAAGACUCCCAAUUUUGUAAUCCAUCCUGCAAAAAAUGAAUACUGGAACGUUUUCUACAGAGAUUGGUCCAACCCUAAAGAAUUAUGUUUAAUAUAUGUAAUAAGUUUCUUGUGAGUAAUAUGCUGUUUUGUUGCAUUAGAUAAAGAACUUAUUUAAUU